GUGAUCCUGGAGUGUUUCCUAAAGAAGGACCUGGUCUACACCAAGGCCACGCCCACGUUCCACCACUGGAAGGUGGACAACAGGAAGUGCGGUCUGACCUUCCAGAGCCCGUCCGAUGCCCGGGCGUUCGACCGCGGGGUGAGGAAGGCCCUGGAGGACCUGACCGAAGGGUCGACCACGUCCUCGUCGACGCUGCAGAACGAGGCGGAGCUCGGCGACGAUGACGUCUUCAUGACGGCCACCGACAGCUCGUCCAACUCGUCCCAGAAGAGAGAGCCAGCGACGCACACGCCGGCCCCACACAACUUCUGCGAGGCCCGACGAAACCAUUGCAUCCUGGGACAUUUCUACGAGCAGCACCGGCCCUCGGAUCACGACUUCCCGGACCGUGUCAGCUUCCAGGUGGAGGAGGAAGAGAUCGUACGCAUCCACCCCCGCGAGCGAUCCUGGCUCACCGGCUACGAGGACUAUCGCCACGCCAACUCCACACGCGACAAACUCCCCCGGCCCGACCACCACAACGCCUACAUGCACAUCGCCAAGAGCGAGCCGCCCAAACACGACUACGCCUACCCGUACCCGCUGAGCUGCGACGGGCAGCGAGGCUGCAACGGCAAACCCGGCUGCCCGGAGCGGGGGGGCAGCGGCGGCCGCAGAGCGGCGGUGACGGCGCAGCCUCGCGCCCUGCAGCCCAAAGGCAAGAGACGCAAGGAGGACGGCGAGCGUUCCCGCUGCGUUUACUGCCGGGACGUGUUCAACCACGAGGACAACGGGCGGGGCCGCUGCCAGGAAGCCCCCGACCCGGUCCAGACCUGCAUCAGGCGGGUCAGCUUCAUGUGGUGCGCCGACAGCCUGCUGUAUCACUGCAUGUCGGACCCGGAGGGGGAUUACUCGGACCCGUGCUCCUGCGACGCCGGCGACGAGCGCUUCUGCCUGCGCUGGACGGCGCUGGUGGCUCUGUCCAUGCUGGCGCCGUGCAUGUGCUGCUACGCCCCGCUCAGGGCGUGCUACCGCUGCGGCGUGGCCUGCCGCUGCUGCGGCGGGAAACACAAAGCGGUGGGCUGAUGGUGCGUUUGUGCUCAGUAGUCAGAAUUUCCAAGGUCAAAGUCGCGAAACAAGCCGCCUGAACUCGGAAGUUGGGAAUUUGGGAAGUCGGACAACCUCGCGGUAACCCGCAAUGUCAGUUAUUCCCAAUAUCGUGCAAUAAACAAGGGGCGCCGAGACCUGAAUGGCGAGGCCACGACGGCAGUUGACAUGAAAUGAAAAAGGCCCCGGGGACCCCGAAGCACAACGGCUAAUACAAAAUGUAAAUUACCUUUACAAUUCCCAGUGACACGAAGGACAACACAAGGGUUAACCUCAGAUUUUGGAGUUGGGAACUCAGACAACCUCGCUGUUCAUCAACAAUAGUGAAAGCUGCAGCAACAUAAGCACUUCUGUCUUAUUUGUCUCUCACUAAAUCAGACGUACAGACAGUCCUGUCCAUCGUCAUCAUCAUCUGUGGACAUGUUGCAGCGUAAUGCGUCCUCAUCAACUGGUAUUGCCAAGGCUUCAUU